GACAGACAGACAGCCUGGUCUGAGACACAGCCGCUAGAGGGCAGCAGCGCGCUGGAGCAACGCAGCUCAGUUCCUCGAAGAAGAUCACAUCCAUAAGUGCACCUCUUUUCACGUGGAAGCUGAUUUGUUUUGGACCACGAGUCUUUAUUUUAAUGCUAAAUGUAGCCCUGCUGUUGAAAGUGACAUGGCCGAGGUGUUUAGCAGUAACAGUGAGAUGGUGCUGCAGCGCAGUGUAGACGUGAACCUCACUGAAUCACGCAGCCAACCUGAAGACCUGCAGGAGCUUUAUCAGAUCCAUGAGACCUGUUCUUUUAUCACUAGUAACAACUUCAAGAAGGUAGCUUUGCAGUUCCCUGAUGAACUUCUGGUAGAUUGUGUUGCAGUCUCUACAGCCUUAGAGAGAGAAACCCAAGCAAAGACUUAUAUUUUAGGUGACACCACCUAUGGCAGUUGCUGUGUGGAUGAAGUUGCUGCAGAACACAUUGGAGCUGACUGCAUUGUGCACUACGGUCGCUCGUGUCUCAGUCCGUCCAGACGCCUGCCUCUUAUGUAUGUGUUCGGGAAGAGACCCAUCGAUGUGCAGGAGUGUGCUAGAGCUUUCAGGGACCUCUUCCCUGACCAGGAGACUCAUGUGGUCAUACUCUAUGAUGUCACCUUCACACAUGCUAUGGAUACCUUCCAAAGGCUUGUGGGUGACACCUACCCCAACGCUGUGUUCUCUGAUUUAAGAGCAGAUCAUUCACUUGGUCUGGUCCAUGGACCUCUCAUAGUUAACAAUCACUUGACCUGUGAGGACGACGGGUUUGUUCAUAAAUUCGGCCGGCAGUUUGGUUUAAAACGAGGAAAGAAUGUAGAGGACUACAAGAUGUUCUACAUUGGCCACGAGGGUCUUACUCUCACCAACUUUAUGAUGACGUGGAACCGCUGCGCCUUCAGUUCAUUCAACCCUGACACAUCCACAGGCAGAGCCGAAACCAUCAACAUCAACAAAGCACUGAUGAAGCGAUACUACGCCAUUGAGCGGGCAAAGGAUGCCAAUGUGGUGGGAAUCCUGGUGGGCACGUUGGGUGUCGCCAACUACUUGAGCAUCAUUGAACAGCUAAAAGAAACUAUUCACAAAGCCGGGAAGAAGAGCUAUAUGUUUGCAAUGGGUAAAAUCAACGUACCAAAGCUGGCCAACUUCCUGGAGAUUGAUGUGUAUGUGUUAGUUGCUUGUCCAGAGAACUCACUGCUGGACUCUAGCGAGUUCUACAGGCCGGUGGUAACGCCGUUUGAGAUGGAAGUGGCCUGUAACAAGCAUCGUGAGUGGAGUGGAGAAUACAUCACUGACUUUCAAGACCUGCUGCCUGGAGGAAGCAGUCAUGUGGCCUUUCCUGUGUCAGACCAGUGCACUAAUGACGACACAACAGAUGUGUCACUGAUCACUGGAGCACUUCGCACUUCCUGUUUACGAUCCUCCUCUGAGGCAACAGAUGGUUCAUCGUUGUCUUCUUCAGUUGUGAUCAGGAAUCAGACUCUAACUGUGGCCAGCACAAAUACUGCAGCAUCUUUUCUGGCUGGCCGGAGCUGGCAGGGGUUGGAGCCUAAGCUGGGAGAAACACCAGUAGUAAAAGCUGUGGAGGGAAGACGUGGUAUCGCUAUUGCUUAUGAAGAGGAGGGUACACAGAGUAAAGACUGCUUGACCUGACCAUAAGUCACAGAGGAAGAUGUGUUUCCACCAUGUACAUGAUGCCUAAUAAUGCAGAUGGGAGUAAAAAAAAAAAGAAA